AUGAAUCACUUUCCUGAAGUUUGGGGUCGACCCAGGGAUGAUGUCUAUGGCCCUUAUAAUCCUUCGUACCUACAAACAACUGGCCCCAAAGCCCAUACUCAGUCGCCUGCCGUGACCGGAACGUCAGUGAUCGCGGUCAAAUUCAAUGGCGGCGUUGCGAUCGCUGCUGACAACUUGGCUUCAUAUGGCUCUCUUGCCCGAUUUUCCGAUGUGAAGCGUCUCCGGGCGUUUGGCGAUUCGGCCGUCGUGGGGUUCAGCGGUGAUGUGUCCGACAUGCAGUACAUUGAUCGUCUCCUGGAAUCAAUCGAUAUCAGGGAGAAUUACUCGACCCAUGGCAAUAUGCUCAACGCUAAGAACCUCCACACGUACUUGUCCAAGGUGUUUUAUAAGCGCCGCUCCGAGUUCAACCCGCUUUGGAACCACAUCCUUGUGGCCGGAUUCGAUGGAGACAAGAAGCCGUUCCUCAGCUCGGCUGACUUGCUUGGAACUACCUUCUCAGCGCCUCACCUUGCCACCGGGUUUGGUGCUCAUCUCGCCGUUCCGAUCCUUCGUCGACUGUUCCCGGAAGAGAGACCCACCGAAGAGAUCAGCAAGGAUGAGGCAGUGGCAGCGCUGAGGGAUUGCCUAAAGGUCCUCUGGUACCGAGAUGCUCGGAGUAUCGACAAGUACUCCCUCGCAGUGAUCACGGGUGAUGGUAUCGAGAUGCAGGAGGACCAGAAGAUCGAGGAGCAGAGCUGGGCAUUCGCAGAAGGCAUCAAGGGAUACGGAGCUCAGGUCAACUAG